UUGUUGACACACUUUUUGUUUGGCGUUUAACUACUUUAUGUGUACUGUCUAUAAGUUCAAUUAUAGGAUUGAUUGCAUUAUUUUCUGCUUAUGUCAUGAGUCAAAAUAUUGUACCACAAAUUAAAUCUUGGAUAUUAUAGAAAAAGAAAAUACUUGUAAUGUCACACAAUCGCUUUAAUUAUUUUAAAAAAGUCUAUCGAUUGGCCAAACGUUCUAUUUCGGUAGAUUAUUCUAGUCGUAAAUCAUUCGUAGUUAAUGGAAGUGAAGACUUCAUACAAAAUGUGUUAAAAAGCAAUAUUCCUGUGAUUGUGAAUUUUCAUGCUGAAUGGUGUGAACCUUGUUCAACUUUAACACCUAUGUUAAACAAAUUUAUUGGAGAUUCAACAUCAGUUAAUUUGGCAAUAGUUGAUGUCGAAAAAAAUGCUGAUUUAGUUCAUACAUUUGAAGUGAAAGCAGUUCCAGCUGUUUUAGCUAUACGCAAUGGUCAUGUUAUUGAAAAGUUUAUUGGCCUUAUUGAUGAAAAUAUGAUCAAAGAAAUGAUAAACAAAAUGUCAAAAACAGAAGAAGAGUAGCUACCAAUAAUAUUGAAGUGACCUGAUGAAUUGUGUUAAUUUUUUAUUAUAAUUUUAUCAUUAGAUUAUUUACCGCAUUAAAACAUUCAAGCAAAAACACAUUUUGUAUUAUGUUAAUAAAUUAUAAUAAAAUAAUAUGUUCUAUUGAAGUAUCUAUAAGAUAUUAAAUAAAUGUUAAAAGCUAAUGAACUUAAAAGUAUUAAUUUACUUACAAUUAACAUUUUUUUAUCUAUUUUUAAUUUUAAAUUAAUUAUUCUUACAAAUUAUUUAUAAAUGAUCUAGAUGACUAACUCUCUGUUAAAAAUGUCUCCCCCCCAAAAAAAUUAUACUAGAAAUUUUUAAUUAUAAUCAAAUAAGUAUGCCUUAAGGAAUGUUAAAUUUACUUUUAAAAAAAAUAUUGAAAUACUAUUUAAAAUUAUGAUUCAUGUACACAAAUAGAUGUCUUAUUUAAAACUUCA